GCCGCCGGAAGCGUCGUGCGGCUCUACGCGCCGAGCCGCGCGCCCUGCGACCAUGGCGGGUCAGGCAAAGCGCCGGCGGGUAACCAGGCCUGUGGGCGGCGGCGACGACAACGACCUGGACGCGAACGCGGACCCGGUGGCCGGCUUCCUGAGCUGGUGCCGGCGCGUGGGGCUGGACCUGAGUUCUAAAGUGGCGGUGAGCCGGCAGGGCACGGUGGCCGGCUACGGCAUGGUGGCCCGGGAGAGCAUACAACCGGGGGAACUGCUGUUCGCGGUGCCGCGGGCCGCGCUCCUGUCGCAGUACACCUGCUCGAUCAGCGGCCUGCUGGAGCGAGAGCGAGGCGCACUUCAGAGCCAGUCGGGCUGGGUGCCACUGCUGCUGGCGCUGCUCCACGAGCUGCAGGCCCCGGCCUCACCCUGGAGUCCCUACUUCGCGCUCUGGCCGGAUUUGGGCCGCUUGGAGCACCCCAUGUUCUGGCCCGAGGAGGAGCGCCGGCGGUUGCUGCAAGGCACAGGGGUACCCGAGGCGGUGGAGAAGGAUUUGGCCAACAUCCGCAGCGAGUACUACUCCGUCGUUCUGCCCUUCAUGGAAGCCCACCCUGGCCUGUUCAGCCCCAGGGUUCGCUCCCUGGAGCUCUACCACCAGCUUGUGGCCCUCGUGAUGGCCUACAGCUUUCAGGAACCACUGGAGGAGGAUGAUGAUGAAAAGGAGCCAAACCCCCCUUUGAUGGUGCCUGCUGCAGACAUCCUAAACCACUUAGCUAAGCACAAUGCCAAUCUAGAAUACUCCCCGAAUUGUCUUCGGAUGGUGGCUACUCAGCCCAUUCCUAAAGGCCAUGAAAUUUUCAACACUUACGGGAAAAUGGCUAAUUGGCAGCUGAUUCAUAUGUACGGUUUUGUUGAACCAUACCCUGACAACACAGAUGACACAGCUGACAUUCAGAUGGUGACAGUUCGUGAGGCAGCUUUACAGGGAACAAAAGGGGAAGCUGAAAGGCUUCUGCUGCAGGAGCGCUGGGAUUACUUAUGCAGCCUGGAGAUGGUAGGGGAGGAGGGAGCCUUUGUGAUUGGGCGGGAAGAGGUGCUGACUGAAGAGGAACUGACUACCACACUCAAGGUGCUGUGCAUGCCUGCUGAGGAGUUCAGAGAGGUUAAAGACCAGGACGGAUGGGGAGAUGAGGAAAGGGAAGAGGACAGCCUGACAAUCACAAACAUCCCCAAGCUCAAAGAAUCCUGGAGGCAGCUGCUACGGGACAGUGUUCUGUUGACCCUGCAAACCUAUGCCACAGACUUAAAAACUGAGCAAGAUUUACUCAGUAAUGAGGAGGUGUACACCAAACUCAGCUGGAGGGAACGACAGGCCUUACAGGUUCGCUACGGCCAGAAGAUGAUCUUACACCAGUUGCUGGAACUGACAAGUUAAGCUAAAUUCCCUGUGCCUGGAUCAUCCAUGAGACAUCCAUGAGGAGAACUUGAUUCUAAUCUGAUAUUCAUUGAUGCUCAAAAAGGAGGAAAUUCUGGAUCUUUAGAUUUGCUUCUUUCUUAUUAAAUACCAGAAGAAAAAGGAACAAAAGUGUCUAAAAUGAACUCGGAGAAGACAUGGAGCUAUGUCCCCAGACGAGUGCACGGCAGCAGCAGCUUCUUCAAUUAUAAGCUGGGCAGGUACCAGUUUAUGUACUUGCCUUGGACUUAUUUUGCACAAACCCAAGAAGUUCCAGACAAAGGUUUUC